AAGAAGAAAAUAAUAAUAACUGACAAGUGCCGACUGCCGAGUAUCACGGUAAAUCUUAAUAUUUUAUAGCAGGGCAAGCAAGGAGUGGUGAAGGGAUAAGCGAGCAAUCUGAUACCGAUGGGGGACGAAAACAAUCCCAAAAAACCUCAUGUUUUAAUCUUCCCUUACCCAGCUCAGGGUCACAUUAACCCCAUACUCCAGUUCGCUAAACGCUUGCUCUCCAAAGGCGUCAAAGCCGCCCUUGUUACCACUGUCUUCCUCUCCCACUCCUCUUUUUCCGACCCAUCUUCCACCUCUAUUGAUAUCCACACCAUCUCCGACGGCUUCGACCAAGGAGGUUAUGAACAGGCUGGUGGCUCCGACGCGUACCUGCCAACUUUCUGGUCCGUUGGCCCCAACAGUUUAGCAGCAUUAAUCAAGAAACUUGGUGAAACUGGUCACCCUGUUGAUGCCCUUGUCUAUGAUGGGUUCUUGCCUUGGGCACUCGAUGUCGCAAAGCAGUUUGGGAUACCCUCGGCGGUGUUUUUCACUCAAUCUUGUGCCGUCAACAGCGUGUAUUACCAUGUAAACAAAGGACUUCUUCAGUUGCCACUCCCAGUGCCUCAUGUUUCUCUUCCAGGAUUGCCCCCGCUUCAAGUUUCAGAGUUACCAUCUUUUGUUGCUCGUUAUGGAUCGUAUCCGGCUUGGUUUGAUGUGGUUGUUAAUCAGUUUUCCAACGUCGAUGGAGCUGAUUGGGUGUUUUUCAACAUCUUUUACGAUUUGGAGAAAGAGGUGGUGAACUGGAUGUCAAGAUUCUGGAACGUGAUGACAGUAGGGCCAACGAUUCCAUCUAUGUACUUAGACAAAAGAAUCGAGAAUGACAAAGACUACGGUAUGAAUCUCUUCAAGCCAAAUGUUGAUGCUUGCAUGAGUUGGCUAGGUGGAAAGCCAAAGGACUCAGUGUUGUACGUAUCAUUUGGAAGCUUUGCAUCACUAGGAAUUGAGCAAACAACAGAGCUGGCAUGCGCAUUGAAAUCGAGCAACGUCUACUUCUUGUGGGUCGUCAGGGAAACAGAGAUGGCCAAACUACCAUACAAUUUCAUAGAAGAGACCUCAGAGAAGGGUUUGGUGGUGGCAUGGUGCCCUCAAUUGGAGGUGCUGUCGAAUGAGGCAGUUGGUUGCUUUCUCACCCACUGUGGCUUUAAUUCGACUCUAGAAGCACUGAGUCUCGGAGUUCCGAUGCUGGCAAUGCCCCAAUGGACCGACCAACCCACUAAUGCAAAGCAUGUGGAGGAUGUGUGGAGAAUCGGAAUAAGGGCUCACCCCAAUGAGAAAGGGGUUGUGAGAAGAGAGACCAUUGAAUGGUGCAUAAAGGAAUUACUAACGGAAGUUGGAGAAAAAGGCAAGGAGAUUAGGAAGAAUUCAAUCAAGUGGAAGAACUUGGCUAAGAAGGGAAUUGAUGAAGGUGGAAAUUCAGAUAAAAACAUUGACGAAUUUAUAGCUAAAUUACUCUGAGACUAGUACGUAGGUUGCUUUUGUUUUGUAUGGAAUAAGUUAGGGUUUAAAGGCAGAUGCUGAAUAAGAGCAAAUUUCUUGAAAAUAUCACAUUUAUGAAUAAUAAGAACAAGAAUCCAUAAUUAUAA